GCUCAGUUGUCAGCAAGGGAUUUUCCUCCCCUCCUCCCUUGCUAAAGAUCCUUCAGCUGCUAUGGAGUCACCCACUAAGGAAAUCGAAGAAUUUGAGAGCAACUCUCUAAAAUACCUGCAGCCAGAGCAAAUAGAGAAAAUCUGGCUUCGUCUCCGAGGCUUGAGAAAAUACAAGAAAACAUCACAAAGGAGCUUGUUGUGGGAAACAGUUGUCACAUCUGAGCGACUCCACAGUCUGAUAAUUCACAUACGGUUGCGGUCUUUGGUAAAGCAGUUAGAGAGAGGGGAAGCUUCAGUUGUAGACCUAAAGAAGAAUUUGGAAUAUGCUGCAACUGUUCUUGAGUCAGUAUACAUUGAUGAAACUAGGCGACUACUGGACACAGAAGAUGAGCUCAGUGACAUCCAGUCCGACUCUGUGCCCUCAGAGGUCCGGGACUGGUUGGCUUCUACCUUCACACGACAAAUGGGGAUGAUGCUCAAAAGGACUGAGGAAAAGCCCCGGUUCAGAAGUAUUGUCCAUGCAGUACAAGCGGGAAUAUUUGUGGAAAGAAUGUACAGACGGACAUCAAAUAUGGUUGGUUUGAGCUACCCACCAGCUGUAAUUGGAGUGCUAAAGAAUGUAGACAAGUGGUCCUUCGAUGUAUUUGCAUUAAAUGAUGCCAGUGGGGAUCAUGCACUGAAAUUCAUUUUCUAUGAACUUCUCACACGCUAUGAUCUGAUCAACCGUUUCAAGAUCCCCAUUUCUGCCCUCGUGUCCUUUGUGGAAGCUCUGGAGGUUGGGUACAGCAAACAUAAAAAUCCUUAUCACAACCUAAUGCAUGCCGCAGAUGUGACACAGACAGUCCAUUACCUCCUUUUCAAGACAGGCAUAGUGCACUGGCUGACAGAGCUGGAGAUCUUCGCUAUGAUCUUUGCAGCUGCCAUCCAUGACUAUGAACACACAGGAACUACCAACAACUUUCACAUCCAGACACGGUCAGACUCUGCCAUUCUAUAUAAUGACCGGUCUGUGCUUGAAAAUCACCAUGUUAGUGCAGCAUAUCGUCUUUUGCAAGAUGAUGAAGAGAUGAAUAUUUUGUCUAAUCUCUCAAAAGAUGACUGGAGGGAGUUCAGAGCUCUGGUGAUUGAGAUGGUGUUAGCCACUGAUAUGUCCUGUCACUUCCAGCAAAUCAAAGCCAUGAAGAAUGCGUUGCAGCAGCCAGAAGGAAUUGACAAGCCGAAAGCCUUAUCACUGUUGUUGCAUACAGCAGAUAUCAGUCAUCCAGCCAAGGCCUGGGACCUCCAUCACCGCUGGACCAUGUCUCUGCUAGAGGAGUUCUUCAGACAGGGUGACAAAGAAGCAGAACUAGGGCUUCCUUUCUCUCCAUUGUGUGACCGCAAGUCUACGAUGGUUGCUCAGUCUCAAAUAGGUUUCAUUGAUUUCAUCGUGGAGCCCACUUUUACUGUGCUAACUGACAUGACUGAGAAGAUUGUGACACCGCUCAUUGAUGAAGCUUCCCGCUCUGGCAUGUCCGGGUUCAGGCGUUCCAGUCUGAAUAGUAUUAGUCCCUCUGAUGUUAAAAGAUCAAGUGUCAAGAGCACUGGGUCAGAAGGAAGUGCCUCACUCAACUGCUCCAUACUCACUGUGGACUUCAAAUGUUUUAAAGCCACCUGGACCGAGGUGGUGCAGCAGAACCGGGAGAAAUGGAAAGCGCAAGCCACCAAAGAAGAAAAAGCUAAGAAAGAAGCAGAGGAAAGUGUUCAUCUGAGAACAGAUGAAAAGAAAACAGAUGAAGAGGAUGAAAAGCCAGCUGAAGAUGUGACAGCAGCAAAGACAGAGAACAGCAAAGAAACAAAUCCUGGGGAAAACAAAAAUGCAGAUUCCAAUGAGAGUCAUGUAAAUGUGACUCAGCAAAUUGGGAAGAACAAACAAGAAGUCUCUCAAGGAAAAAAUGCACCUAAGACAGAUAAGGGGGUGGACUCUCAUCAGACAGUGAGCGAAGAGAAGCAGCAUGUCCAGAAUGGUGAAUUAAAGGAAGACAGCAAAUCAGACAAAAAAGAUCAGUCUAAUGUGGGAAAUGAAACAAAUAAAACAGAUGAUACAGAAGAGUAAAAAUAUAUAUAUAAAAAAGAGACUGCAAAUUUCUUUCAUCAUUUUAGCUGAGCUUCUUCAUUCCUGUUCUCCUUCCGCAAAGACCAGUUUCUGAGGAAGGCAGUAAACAACUUCCAAAACACUCCUCCUCCCACUGGCUACUUCACAGCUAAUGACUCGGGGUUCUAGGGUGGGGGCCUUGUUUUGGGGGGUCAGAUUUAUUUUUGUUUGUUUGUUUGUGUAUGUGUGCAUUUUUUGUUGUUUUGGGGAGAUUUUUUCUUUAAAAAAAAAAAAAUCUGGUGAUUUCCUGAUGCAAAUGGUUCCAUUUUCUGGACAGGUGGAGCUCAUAGAUGAGUCAUCUUCGAAAAAUCGUAUUGCACUUUGCUAUGUCUCAGCUUGUGAAACCAACAUUAAGAUGAUGCGGAAGAAUUUCAAAAAAAAAAAAAAAAGAAAGAAAACUUCCCUUUUACUCUUUUUCUUUUUCCCCAAGAGUUUUUUUUUCCAGUUGCUGGUAGACAAAAUUUGACAGCAGUUUUACCCUUGCCUUAGAAGAUUUUAUGCAUAAGAAUGGUCAAUUUGUAGAGUCAAUUUACGAUUUUUUAAGAUUUGAUGUUAUUCAUAGAUGAUACAAUGAUAAGCAAAGUAUUUUUUCUUCUAAACAGCAGGCAGACUCACUCAACCCUUGAUUUUAUUGUGUUUUUGCAGUUAGUAAAAUUAAAUAAAUAAUAAAUGAAAGUGAUAUUCCCUUAGGGCAAAUUUUGUUGUCAGGCUCUGACAGUGUGUACUAAUGUACAGCUUGAUGUGCCUGCUUUGACUUGAGAUUGCAGAUAAUGAGCUGUUUCCCACAUUUGUUCAUUGGCUGUCAGUGAUCACUCUUGGUCUGGCCUGAAGAUCUAAGAGAAGAAGGGCAGCAGGGAAUCACACAGAUCGAUUCUUACUUUCAUCUCAGUGUGGUAUUUCUUUCAUCACUGACUGAAUUGACAGGACAAAGGAAGGAAAAGCAUGGCUGGAGAAGUAUGGACAAACAAAAACAAAAUGAGAAAGUGUGUCCUAAAUACACUGCUGGAGUCAGUGAAUCAAACUGUCUCAUCCAGUGGAGUUAGACACAUGGACAGGAGCCAUCAUUUUAGCUCACUUUAGAGAAAAAAUGUUAAAAAACCCACUCAGGCCUCGAUUUGGGAGGGUAUGUUUUUAUGAGAAAUUUCUAAUAUAUGUAAGUACUUUUCUGGAUUGGAAUCUUAGUAAGGAUCCAGUUAAUUGUGAGUAAUUUUACCUGUCCAUGUGGAAAUCAAGACACACGUGCAUACACAUACAGUUGUUUUCUGCAUAACUUCUUUUCACUCAGGAUAUGGUCUUGCUGUGUUAGUCAUGUAUGUAUUUUGCAAGGAAUCAGACUGCUGUCAUGUCUCUUUGCUAUGUGGAGAACAUGCAAAACAUUGGCUUAGGAAGGCCGCUCUUUGGUGUUUCUUUUUCACAUUCAAAAGCAUAGGACUUCACCACUAGCCUAUAUUAGAGCUUGGGCCUCUGUUCCUGCUUAAAAUGCGCAUGUACAGUGACGAGCUUCACAUAACACUAGCAAAAAUCACAGCAGUCAGCUCAGCGUAAAUCCGCAUUUAAACAUGAAUACCUUCUCACUCAGGAGUGUUUGUAUUUGGGGUUUUAAUUAUUGAGGCUAGAGACAUUUAGAGUUCUUUUUUUGGACACCAGAGUUUGAUCAAAGCCAGAGACUUAGAUUAGGUUCAUGCUGUGAAAAGGUUGCACUUAAAUUACAUGUUUUCAGAAGGCAGAUGAACAAAAAUAACUCUAACAGUUCUUAGAUCUCACCAUUGGCAUCACUCUACCAGCUCAUUUGAAUAAAAUAAAUAUAAAGGCACAUAGUGUUUCCAGUAUUGGGCUCCUGCUUCAGUGGUAGCUCUGUGUGCCUUCCAGGGUAGAUUUUGUGAAAAAAGAAGGGGUGCUAUUAGGUGGUACCGAGCACCCCAGUCAGCACUGAGCGUACUCCAUGCUGUGUGACAGGGAGAGGGCUGUGCCACCAUGCAGCACUGCCCCACCUCCUCUUUCCCCCCACCAUCAACAUUCAUUCCCUGGUUAAGUGCGGUAGACUAUGACUUCCAGCCUGGACCAGACCCUCUGAAGGCACAUCACUGAUGAAAUAUCAAUAAUGCAGAAUAAAAUACCACAGCAAUGACUCAGUCCUGGUUUCAUCAGACUCCUUCCUGAAGUCAGGGAGAACAUACUGUGACCAAGAGUUUGGUCAGCGGUGCAGGAUGAUUUAGUCAAUACUUUCUAAGUUACCUUUACCUAACAAACUGUGACUAGAGAUGCCUUAGUCGUGCAUAAUAGAAUAAUUUUAAAAAGAAAUCUAAAUCUUUUUCUUCAUCUGCUUCUGUUUUGUUUCUUUCUGGGACUAACUUAUUUCAGAUAGCAAAGCAAGACUGCUUAAUUCACAGCUGGUCAGUUCUUGUUCCUUAUGAACUGGCACAAAUGUAUGAGGUCAAGCUGGAAAAUGUUUUUCCUGGAUUACCAAGAUUAUUUGCCACUGACAGGAGCUACUAAGGGAAGUGGCAGAUGUACUGCCUCUCAGGGACUACAGAUCAGAACUGGAUGCCACUCUAGAAGAAAUGCCGUAGUCAGAGAGAGAAGUUACUGAUCUCAGCACACAGGUGUGCAGUAAAAUGUUUUGCAAUAUACAGUCAGUCACAGCUAGCUCUAACAUUUUCCUGCUCUUUUAAAUUCAUCUGGAUUUGGUACAGUGGAUUAUUAGCAUUUUUUAGAUUUUUUCUUAAAUUGUCACUUUAAAAAAUCCCUAUGAAAUCUCUUCUAUUAGCUUGGAAAUACACAAAGUGAAAGUGAAAUCUAGGAACUGAGAUCCUACAAAGACACUAGGCCAGAUGAAAGUAUCUCAUGGAAUCCCAUCCCAGAUUACACCUACUUUACCAUACCCAGACCCCCCCCCGCCUCCCUGGAACACUCUGCAUCAUUGUGCCAGUGCAUUGUGAGCCAAGGAAUGGUAUGUUUAGACACCUCCCAGUUAAACUAGAGAUCAGCCACUGUGCAAUUGUGUAAGAAAUAAUAAAAGUGAAAAGAAAAAAAUACAGAACUGCUUUCUCUUACUUUAUUCCAUGAAAGAAAAAAAAAAAGAAGGAAAAAAAAGAGAGAGGAAAACAAUUAGGUCUUUAUCUGCUAAUGGCAUGGCCUAUGUUUACAAAGAGUGAGAAAGGAUUUCUGUUGUUGCAUCCUUACCUAAUUUUUGCCUGGAUGUAUAGAAGUUAUGUUUUUUGAUGCCUUCCUUUUAGAUGCCUCAGUUAGACUAUACAAUGAAUAAGGCAGAAAUAUUGCAAAUAUAGGACCCAUACUGCUUGUCCCAGGCUGAAAACCUGAAUUAUUUGAGAGGUCCUACUGGUAGGCACCAAGCAUCCUGGUGUCAAAGUGCAUCUAAUGAGCUGGGAAGCUGUGUGAUAAAGAUGGCAUGCUUCCACCACUACGUGGGGGUGGUUGGUGCUCUUGGAAAAUUCUUCCCUGCUGGAAGGGCAUCAGGAAUCUUUUACAUCUGCAAAACUGUUGUGUAAUAUGAGAGGGUGAAUCCAGACACUUCUCCCCAUUAAGACAUGCAGGAUGUCACUGCAGGUAUCCUUGUCAGUGUUUCCUUCUUUAACUCGAACUGGUGUUUGGGGAAUUAGCAGGUAUUUGAUUCAUGGUGAUGUAGUAGUGCUUGAACUCUUGGACACGCUAUAAUUAAAUAAACAACAAAAAAAGUGUUAUUCCAUUAAAAAAUAUAUAUCUAUUAUACUGUUCAUUAUUUAAGUAGCUCAAAGGGUAGCAGUUCUCUGUGCUGCAUUCAAUCAGUGAUUUGAACUGUUGGUUUGCAUGACAAAACAUGCAAGAACUGUUCACCUAUGUGAAAGAAGGGAUUUGUUUAUCUAUGUUUUAAUGAAAAAGCCUAUGAUGCACUCUCUCAAAAUACUUAUGUUAACUAGCUUCCUUACAAACUAUGGUCAGAUUUUUGUGUUUCCUUAUAAAAAGAUGGUGGGUAUCACCAUUUUUUUUCUAUUUUAGAGAAACAAGAUAGAUGCCAGAUGCCAACAUUUUUUUUUUUUUCUGGUGUCAAAAUAAGUGGCAGAUGAAAAAAAAAAAUAUAUAUAUAUAUUUCUAUUUUAGAUUUAAGUGUGUUUCAGUGUAGUCAAUCUAAGCAGCCUGAUGCUUAUCUAAACGUGCAGUCUUCUGUACAGCUUUGGCUGGUAUAUAUACACACUACAUAUCAGUGCAAUAGGAGGUUUAGCAGCAGCAUGAGUCUGGAAUUUGAGAGCCUGGUUCCCCAUGGGUGAAUGAAAAAGGCAAAUUCCAUUUGUCUCAAAGUUGCUUUUUUCAAACAAAAUUUUUGUGAUCGGAGAGAACCUUUCCAAAAUGUGGUUGGUUAUGCCAGAGAAAAAUGGUAUGUGGUGGCAUUUUUACAAACUACCACUUGAAUAUGCAUAUGUUUGCUUAUGUACAUACAAAGUCUUACAAGCUAAGUCUAGAAGAAAAAAAUAUUUCAGACAGCGUUGGUUGUAGUGCUGUAUAAAGCUGCUUUAUUAUCAGAAGUUUCAUAAGCUUGCCUAGCUGAAGGCAACAAGAAGCACUUUCAUUGUUAGUCCUUGCAAAUUCUGCAAUGGGUCUGUUUUUUAACUCAAAAGCACAAUAAUCCAUUCAAAUUGGAAAUGAUGGAAUCUGACAAGGACAACACUUUUGUAGGCUCAACUAGAAUUAACCAGCCCAUCUCUAUGAAUUCAGGAGAUGGUCUUAAACAUUUCUUAUUGGAUCCUUUCUCCUCCCAGUUGAUUCUACAAUAUUGAAGCUCAUCCUGAUGAUCUAUACCAUAUGUUAGCCAUUUAUGCUCAGCAAAUGACAGCAUACUCAAGUGCUUCUCUCUUACUCUCUUUUAAUCCAUCAUCUCAUGCAAUAAUUAAAAACAACAGAACCAUUGCUUUUGCAUGUGCUGGACCAGUGCUGAUCUAUCUCAGAAGUGAUGUCUGAGCAUCAGCACUCAAAAACAGGAAUGCCCUCACUGAGGAUGAGAACAAGCCCUGAUGACACAGACUCUGUGCAAAUUGCUCUAUGGAUCUGGCCAGGUAGAAGGGAGGGAAAAAUGCUUUCACAUUUUAAGGUGCAAGUUCUGCUCCCUCUGAAGUGGGUGCAGAGCUCUAUCCCACUUGUGCCACCUGUGGCAUGAGCAGGUCUACCCCCAUCUCAGUUUAGUGGCAGAUGUGUGUCUUAACGUGGUGGUCUCCCUACUUCCAUGGGGACAGAGGUUUUGCAAUCCCAGCCAACCCUGUUUUGGAUUACUGAUCACAGAUCUGAUUACUGUGCUCAAAGAGCAUAGCAGGUGACUGCUGCUGAUGCCACCAUUUUCUGUUAAAAAGAAACAUGGGCCAGGCAUUUCCAUUUGCUGAGCCAGCCCUCUCUUUGUUUCAGUAUACCUUUUUCACCAUGAACAAGCAUGGAGGGUUCUCACCUGUGCCCAAGCAGGACCAUGACACACGUUAUCAGCCAGCUAUGUCUGGCUUCAAGGCACCAGCUCUCUCUGCUCUGGUGACUUGACCACAGAGUAGAAGGAAACAGAGCCACUUCAGACCAGCUGGCUCACGACUUGAAGUAAUCACGGCUUCGCAGUCCAGAGCUCAGUUUUAGCAGAGUUACCCUAAUACCUUAGCACAUGACAGCACUCCCAAGCCUCACAGCAUACUCUUGGCAUUUUGUAUUAUUUUUAUUUCUUCCAAGUUCAUAUGUGUUGACUGCUGUGUGCUUGUCAUACCCCAGGUUUAGAAGCUAUCCAGUGGUAGGAGGAAUAUAUGUAUCCCAUUGUCUCUUCUGGUGGUUUUAGGAGUGCAUCUAUCAAACAAAACUACUUAUGGCCAUUGGGGUUUUCUAGUGAUAAAACCUAGCAGUAGAAUGACAGUGAGCAUUAUCCUUUUCUUCUUGCUUGGAUGAUAUUUUUAUACAGUUUUAUAUGCAAUUUUUUUAAAUAUUUGCUAUUUUUAUUGUAGGGUUCUGGUUGGGGUUUUACCAGCCCUUCUGGUUGUCUACAGGCCCAGAUUCUCACAGGAAUAUUUUCCUUCCCUUUUCUCCUCCCCUUCUUCUCUGAUAAGCAAAAGCCAUUGCAUUUGCAACAUCAGCUUAGAGCAAAAUAACACCGAGGGCCUGAUCACUCUUUUAGUUGCACUGAAAUCAAAGGAAGCUGCAUGCAGAGUACUGCUGGCUCCACUGCAGCAUCUGGGGCCAAAGACUAAACAACCAAGACCUGUACAACUCGUUAAAAGCAGGGCGGUUCUGUGUAAAGCCAUUCCACCAAGGUAGUGCCGUCUUCCUUUGCUGUGGUAGGAGUUGCUUCCACCACAAUGUUUAAAAAAGAUGAUAUAUCUCUCUUCGCUAUUGUGAUGCUACUUCUUGCAGCCACGUGAAUGAGUAGGCACUUCCAUCAAAGGCAUCCUCAGUGCACUGACUGCCUUCAGCAGGGUGGAAGGGUGACCAUUGUGGCUUAUCUGUGUCAGUAGAUUUCACUGCUCUGUGGUUAGCAAUUCAUUGAUAGGUCCUAAAUAAAGCUAAGAAUAAUCAAACCUAUUGGUAGGAGGGAUAAGGCGAAAUUAACCAAAUUCAAGGAUCUUGGUCUUGUAAAAUAACCUUUUCUCAACUGCAGGGAAUUCUAUGUAUGAAGCUGAACAUAAACUUUAGAGUGUGUUUGUAUUAGCAGAAGUGAUAAUGGAGAUACCUUUCUUCAACAUAACUACAAUAAACAAUAGACAAUUGUUCUCUAACAUUUUUCAAAGAAGAAAGAGACAGGUUGUUAUGCUAUUUUGCACCAGGGUAUGGAAAACAAAUUACCUUCCAUGCCUGAAGUAAAACUCAAUGCUAGUUUGCUUCUCGGACUGGGAGGGUUGGGUAAUGAAAAAACCUAUUUGGUUUGAUAAGAUUCACAAGGGAAAAAAAGUGCAAAACUGAAAUGAAUCAUGCCAUGUAAUGCAAGUAUUCUCAAAUGUUCUGAGAAUAAUUUUAAACAAUAUGUAUUUAUUGUUAGUUCCUUAUUUGAAAGAGGAGGCUUGUGGUCUCUUAAAUGUAUAAAGCAUUUUUCAGCAUUCCAAUUUUUCUGUAACUGAGUCCAUGUAUGUUCAUCCUGUUACCAAAUAAAAACAAUGAGGUCUCCACUCCAUUUAAAUUAAA